AUGAUUCCCCUUCCCAGCAAGACCACUCCCCCGACCAAGAAGUCCGACGAGGUGAUCAUUCCUCUGCUAUACUACGUCCAGCGCAUCCAGCGGUAUCCCCUUCCCCUUGUGAUCAUCUGCCUGAUGUACGAGAUCCCCUCUGACGAGGAGGCCCUCAAGCUGCUGGAGGAGAACUUCAGCCCCGAAACCACCUUCGAAUGGAACUACGAAAAGCUCCACUUCGACGACUUCAAGAACUUCGUCCAGAACUGGCGCUCCCGCUACACCUUCCUCGAGUUCAAGUUCCACGAGGCCAUCGCCUCCCCAGACCCCAGCGACCCGGAGGGCCGCGGCGGUACCCUCGGGUUCGGCAUGCGCGGUCGCGUGAUCGGGAAGGAUGAUGGCAAAAUUUAUGAGGGGAGGGUUCAUGCCAUCUUCAAGGUGGAAUGGGUCCCCGGGCAGAAUGGGGGCGAGGAUCGCCGCGUGAUUACUCGCAGUAAUCAGGUGUUGCAGGGUCCGUAUGUCAUUGAGGAGGAGAGAUGA